CCUCCCUUGACUGGAACCGCGCGCGGUGCUGGUCGGAGAGGGCGGCCAUGGAGGGGCCCGGCGACCCCGGCGCCCCCACCGCCCGCUGGAAGCGCCAUAUCGUGCGGCAGCUUCGACAGCGGGAUCGAACGCAAAAGGCCCUAUUCCUGGAGCUGGUGCCGGCCUAUAACCGCCUCCUGGAGAAAGCUGAACUGCUGGCCCGAUUCUCAGAGAAGCUGCAGCCAGAGCCAGACGAUGUCACUCCCGCUGUCCACCAGGGUCCCUGGGAGAAGGAGUCAGACCAAGGCCUAUCACCAGCAGCUCUGAGGGUGAAGUGGCAAGAGGAGGCGGAGGGGCUCCGGCUGGUGUGUGGAGAGAUGGCCUACCAGGUGGUGGAGAAGAGAGCAACCCUGGGCACUUUGGAGUCGCAGCUGGAGGAGCGGCAGAGCAGGCUGGCAGCUCUGAAGGCCCGCGUGGAGCAGCUGGAGGAGGCUCGGGCGAAGGAGGCCGGACAGGUGCACGCGCGGCGCGCGCUGAACGAGGAGCAGCGGGCGGCUUACGAGGCGCUGCGCGCGCGCGUCGGGCACCAGGAGGCGGCUCUGCGCAAGCUCGAGGAGGAGGCGCGCGACCUGCUGGAGCGGCUGGUGCAGCGCAAGGCGCGCGCCGCCGCCGAGCGCAACCUGCGCAACGAGCGCCGGGAAAGGGCCAAGCAAGCGCGGGUGUCCCAGGAACUGAAGAAGGCAGCCAAGCGGACAGUGAGCAUAAGCGAGAGCCCAGACACACUAGGCGAUGGGGUCAGAGAGGAAGCAGAAACUCUGGUCCUGGCUGCUAAGCCAGGGUCCCUGGAAAGUGAGGCUGGUGAGAAAUGGAAGCGGCCCUUCAGGUCAGCCUCUGCCACCUUCCUGACGGUGUCCCGCUGUGUGGAUGUAGUGAAGGGGCUUCUGGAUUUCAAGAAGAGAAGAGGCCACUCAAUUGGGGGAGCCCCCGAGCAGCGAUACCAGAGCAUCCCCGUGUGUGUGACUGCCCGACUUCCCACCCAAGCUCAGGAUGUGCUGGAUGCCCACCUCUCCGAGGUCAGUGCUGUUCGUUUCGGCCCCAACAGCAGCCUCCUGGCCACCGGAGGGGCUGACCGCCUCAUCCUCCUCUGGAAUGUCGUGGGAGGGCGCCUGAAGGCCAACCAGACCCUUGAAGGAGCUGGCGGCAGCAUCACCAGUGUGGACUUUGACCCCUCGGGCUCCCAGCUACUGGCAGCUACUUACAAUAAGGCUGCCCAGCUCUGGAAGGUUGGGGAGGCAGAGUCCAAGGAAACACUAUCUGGACACACAGACAAGGUGACGGCUGCCAAAUUCAAGCUGACGAGGCACCAGGCGGUGACCGGGAGCCGGGACCGGACAGUGAAGGAGUGGGACCUCUGCCGAGCCUACUGUUCCAGGACCAUCAAUGUCCUUUCCUACUGUAACGACGUGGUGUGUUGGGACCAUGUCAUCAUUAGUGGUCACAAUGACCAGAAGAUCCGGUUCUGGGAUAGCAGGGGGCCCGGCUGCACCCAGGUCAUCCCUGUGCAGGGUCGGGUCACCUCCCUGAGCCUCAGCCACGACCAGCUGCAUCUGCUCAGUUGUUCCCGAGAUGACACACUCAAGGUCAUCGACCUGCGUGUCAGCAACAUCCGCCAGGUGUUCAGGGCUGAUGGUUUCAAGUGCGGUUCCGACUGGACCAAAGCCGUGUUCAGCCCAGACAGAAGCUAUGCGCUGGCAGGCUCCUGGGAUGGAGCCCUUUACAUCUGGGAUGUAGACACUGGGAAACUAGAGAGUAGCCUUCGGGGACCCCACAGCGCUGCUGUCAACGCCGUGGCCUGGUGCUACUCUGGGAGCCACGUGGUGAGCGUGGACCAGGCCAGGAAGGUUGUGCUCUGGCACUAGUGCCAGGACUCCCCCGCCUGAGCUGAGGCUCGGGUCCGAAGCCUGAAGCUGGAGGAGUCUCCCACUGCCCCAGACACUCCAGGGCUAGCAGCGGGGUGGGGGCGGCUCAGGGUGUUUAAUGAGUAAGAAGGCCUGGCUGGACCUGGCCUGUUGGUUUAAAAACAAAGUGUGGGUUGGGGGGUGGGGAUUACAGUAUUAUUUUGUUUUUUUAUGUUUCUUCACUUUCCUGGCAAGAGUGGGAAAAAAAAUGCAUUUAAACUGG